CACGGAAUGAGCAUAUAUCCCGAUCCGACCGAACCUUUAAAUACAAUGCUGGGUUAGAGACUGACGAAUACGUAACUCGCAUAUUCAUAUUGGGAGAGAGAGAGAGAGAGAGAGAGAGAAUGGGUUGGGUAAAGGUCGGGUUGGUGAUGGCGAUGGCGGUGGUGGUGAUGUCCAUGGGAAGGGUGGUGGUAGUGGAUGCUGAAGAUCCUUACAGGUUCUUCGACUGGACUGUCUCCUACGGCCUCAUCUAUCCUCUCGGCUUUCCUCAGCGUGGAAUCCUUAUAAACGGACAAUUUCCGGGACCCAACAUUUAUUCCGUCACCAACGACAAUCUGAUCAUCAAUGUUCACAACGAUUUGGACGAGCCCUUCCUCUUGUCAUGGAAUGGAGUGCAAAUGAGGAAGAACUCGUACCAAGAUGGAGUGUAUGGGACGACGUGUCCAAUUCCCCCGGGGAAGAACUUCACCUACGUCUUCCAGGUGAAGGAUCAGAUCGGAAGCUUCUUCUACUUCCCGUCACUCGGCCUCCACAAAGCCGCUGGGGGAUUCGGCGGGCUCCGCAUCCUCAGCCGCCCCCUCAUCCCCGUCCCCUUCCCCGACCCCUCCGGAGAUCUCACCCUUCUCAUCGGCGACUGGUUCAAGCGCGACCACAAGACGCUGAAGGGUAUUGUAGAUAGAGGGCACAAGCUCCCGCUGCCUGAUGCGCUGCUUAUAAACGGCAAGGGUCACAAUGGGAGUGAAUGUUUGAUGGUGGAGAGAGGCAAAACGUAUAGACUAAGGAUCUCAAACGUGGGACUUCAACACUCGCUGAACUUGAGGAUACAAGGCCACAAGCUUAAACUAGUUGAGGUGGAAGGCACGCACACUAUCCAAUCCACCUACUCCUCCCUCGACGUCCAUGUUGGUCAGUCCUACUCCGUCCUUGUCACCAUGGACCAACCCGAUCACCUUGACUACCACAUCGUCGUCUCCACCAGAUUCUCAACCAAACCUCUCACUGUCACCGCCACCCUUCGCUACUCCAAUUCCAGGGGAGGCCCCUCUGAGCCCCUUCCACCAGGCCCACCAACCGACGUGGACUGGUCCAUCGAACAGGCCCGAUCCAUCAGGACUAAUUUGACGGCGUCAGGGCCGCGUCCGAACCCGCAGGGGUCGUACCACUACGGCCGUGUCAAUAUCUCGAGGACCAUAGUCCUUGAGAGCACGGCGGGACAAUUGAACGGGAAGCAGCGUUACGCUAUAAACGGGGUUUCGUUCGUGGAGGCAGACACACCGAUAAAGCUUGCGGAUUACUUUAAGAUAGGAGUUUUCAGGGUGGGAAACAUCCCCGACACUCCCAGAGGUGGAAGAGGCGCAAUGAGACAGGAAACGGCCGUGAUGGGGGCCGACCACAGAGCCUUUGUGGAGAUUGUGUUUCAAAACCGCGAGAAAAUCAUACAGAGCUACCAUCUCGACGGUUAUAGCUUUUGGGUCGUCGGGAUGGAUAGAGGGAGGUGGACGCCAGAGAGAAGAGGAGAGUACAACCUUUGGGACGCCGUAUCUCGUUGCACUAUACAGGUGUACCCAAAAUCAUGGACGGCUAUGUACGUGGCACUGGACAAUGUAGGGAUGUGGAACCUGAGAAGCCAGUCUUGGGGCAGACGGUACUUGGGACAACAGUUCUAUGUCCGAGUGCAUUCUCCCGUCCGUAACGAGUACCGUCUCCGUAACGAGUACCCUCUCCCUCCCAACGCCCUCCUCUGCGGCCGGGCCGACAAGUCAAGCCGCCUUUCUCUUCAUUGAAACCUCGUAUUUGAUUGAUUGCCAAAUAAACACAACCCAGUUCUUUUUGGAAAUGGGCCGAGUGGCCGGACUCACCUUUAUGACAAAAUAUUGAAAUAACAAACACAGCUCCUAUGUUUAUUUGGAGGGUUGACGGUCAACUACGCGAAGCAUGUGAAUCAGUGUCGUAAUUAACCCCCCGAUUUCAGCUA